AUGACAAGCAAUAAUGAAGAUGAAGAAAACAGGGAAUUUAUACCGAUAACAUCAGAUACAAUUGAAAAAAUUGCUGAAACUUCUACUGCUUCUAAGAAAUCAAGAAAAAGAGUGAGGAGAAAGAUGAAAGAAUCUCCACCAUGUAAAAUACUUAGGCACGAUGCAUUGCCUGAGAAAGUAAGAGUAGGAUCAGUUUUUGACAACAAGAAUAACAUGACUAAAUUUUUCUGCAGCUUGGAGAUAAACCAAAAAGUUGAAUUCACUGCUGUUAGAUCAUGUUCAAAGAGAUACGAGCUGAAAUGCAUCGUGGAGAAAUAUGGUUGGAAUGUACGUGCUACCAGAAUAAAAAAUUCUUCACUUUUUAGGGUGAUAAAAUAUUAUAACAACCAUGAAUGCUCGGUUGAUGCAAGAAAAUCAGAUCAGAAGCAUGCUACAUCAAAUUUUAUAAGUGAACAAAUUUUAGAACAUGUUCGAGAUAAAAAGAUUGAGGUUACACCAGCCUUUGUAGAAAGUGAAAUGAAAAAGAAAUUUGGAAUUGACAUUGGAUAUCACAAGGCAUGGCGCGCUAUUCAAAAAGCUAUUGCUUCCAUAAGGGGAACACCAGAAGAGAACUACCAGAUUCUUUCUUCAUACCUACACAUGAUGGUGCAUAGAAACCCAGGGACGUACACUAGCAUAAAAAGAGAUGAGAAGAAUCGAUUUGCUUACAUGUUCUUUGCUCAUGCGGCAUCAAUAGCUGGUUGGUGCUACUGUAGACCCGUGAUUGCAGUAGAUGUAAUAUUUUUAAAAUCAACAUAUCAUGGCGUUCUAUUUAUUACUGUAUCAAAGGAUGCAAACAAUCAAAUCUUUUCUCUAUCUUUUGGUAUAGUAGAUUCAGAAAACAAUGAUGCAUACAUUUGGUUCUUCGGGGAAAUGAGAAAAGCAAUUCAAGUUCGUCGUGAACUG